GUCUCUGAAAUUGCAGACUCCAAAACUCACUGCGUGGUUCCAAUGGAGGGUGACACUGGCAUGGGCUUGGUUUGCAAGCAGGAUUUGGAUGCCAGUUCCUCUCCGGUCCAGUGCGUGCGUUGCGGUCAGCUCUUCGGAAGCGCUAUCGAGCCGAUGUUGUCCUGCAUGGUGCAAACGCAGCCCUACACAUCCAAAUGGCUGCGGAUGGAGUCAAAGGAG